CAAAAAUUAAAUUAAUCUUUUGCUUUAACUAGUCUUUUUACAUAUUCUGCUGAACCUAGUUAAAUCAUUUAACAGAAUGUGGAAUAUUACCAAGUUACCACUCAAGAUACAAAGACCUGUUCCCAGUGAUAUUGCAAUAUCUCGUUCUCAAACUCCGAAAAAUAUUUCCACUCUUGCUGAAGAAAUCUGUUUACUGCCAGAAGAGGUGGAGCUUUAUGGAAAAUCAAAAGCCAAAAUAUCACUUGCAGUAUUAAAUCGCUUGAAAGAUUCGAAGGAUGGAAAAUAUGUUGUUGUUACAGGAAUUACUCCUACUCCAUUAGGAGAAGGUAAAAGUACAACAACAAUUGGAUUAGCUCAAGCUUUGGGAUCUACAUUAGAAAAACAAGCAUUUGCCUGUGUUCGUCAACCUUCUCAAGGACCAACUUUUGGAAUAAAAGGUGGAGCUGCUGGAGGUGGCUAUUCACAAGUUAUACCAAUGGAAGAAUUUAAUUUGCAUUUAACUGGUGAUAUUCACGCCAUCACUGCUGCAAACAACUUACUUGCUGCUGCAAUAGAUGCAAGAAUUCUACAUGAGGCAACACAAAAAGAUAUGGCUCUAUGGAAUCGAUUAGUUCCCAUUAAAAAUGGUGUUCGUACUUUUUCUCCUAUUAUGUUUAAAAGACUGAAAAAACUUGGAAUUAACAAGACUGAUCCUGACAGUUUAAGUUCAAAUGAAAUAAGUAAAUUUGUUCGAUUGAACUUUGACAAAGAUACCAUCACUUGGCAAAGAGUAAUGGAUACAAAUGACAGAUUCUUGAGAAAGAUAACAAUUGGUCAAGCUCAAACUGAGAUUGAUCAUGCUCGGGAGUGUCAAUUUGAUAUAUCUGUGGGAAGUGAAAUUAUGGCCAUACUUGCUCUGGCUACAAGCUUAAAAGAUAUGAGAGAAAGACUUGGAAAUAUUGUGGUUGCUAGUGAUAAAGAAGAAAAUCCAAUAACUGCUGAUGAUUUGGGUGUUGGUGGUGCACUUACAGUUUUAAUGAAGGAUACAAUAAAGCCUAAUCUUAUGCAAACUCUAGAGGGAACUCCAGUGUUUGUUCAUGCUGGUCCAUUUGCAAAUAUUGCACAUGGCAAUUCAUCUAUAAUUGCUGACAAAAUUGCUUUAAAAAUGGUUGGUGAAAAUGGAUUCGUAAUUACUGAAGCUGGAUUUGGAGCUGAUAUUGGCAUGGAAAAAUUUUUUAACAUCAAAUGUAGAAGCAGUGGUUUGGUACCAACUUGUGCGGUCAUAGUUGCAACAAUUAGAGCAUUAAAAAUGCAUGGCGGUGGUCCAAAAGUAGUAGCAGGAACCCCGUUAGCCGAAGAAUACAAAACAGAGAACGUUGAACUUGUCACAAAAGGGUUUUGUAACUUAAAAAAGCAAAUUGAAAAUGCCUUAUUUUUUGGUGUUCCUGUUAUUGUUGCACUGAAUAAAUUUCAGUCUGACACAGACAAGGAAUUAAAUGUUAUUAUACAGCUUUCCAAACAUGCUGGUGCUUCAGAUGCUGUUGUUUGUAGUCACUGGGCUGAUGGAGGUAAAGGAGCAGAAGAUCUUGCUAAGGCAGUUAUUCAUGUAUCUAACCAAGAAAUAAAUUUUAAAUAUCUGUAUGAUUUAAAACUUCCUCUUGAAGAGAAAAUAAAAGUGAUUGCAUGUAAAAUAUAUGGUGCCGAUGGCAUUGAACUGUCAGAAAAAGCCAAGAAAAAAUUGUUAACAUAUACAAAACAAGGCUUUCAAGAUUUUCCGAUAUGUAUGGCAAAAACACACUUAUCUCUUUCGUCAAACCCAGAACUGAAGGGGGCACCAACAGGUUUUAUUAUACCUAUCAGUGAUGUUCGUGCAAGCGUUGGAGCAGGAUUUAUUUACCCUUUGGUUGGAACGAUGAGCACGAUGCCUGGGUUACCCACAAGGCCUUGUUUUUAUGAUAUCGAUAUUGAUACUGAAACAGAGGAAGUUUUAGGAUUAAUGUAGGAUGUGAGGAUCUCUGCAUAAAAAUAAAAGAAGUAAUUAAUAAUAUUUUUACAAUACCUAUA